GCAUGCGCACUGCGGGGGGGGAGUCCGGGCGCCAGAGCAAAAGGAGGGCAGGAGCCGCCCAGCCCGGCGGUCCUGGAUUUAAAGGGGCCGCAGCGCCCGGAGGGGCGGCAGGAUGUCCCGCCGGGUGAAGGAAGAGUACCAGCGGCACUACACGGUGACCGAGCACCGCAGCCACCCCAAGGGCUACACCGAGUACAAAGUGACUGCCAAGUUUGUCUCAAAGGUGAACCCAGAAGAUGUCAAGGAGAUCGUGGUCUGGAAACGGUACAGUGACUUCAAGAAGCUGCACGGGGACCUGGCGUACACGCAUCGCAACCUCUUCCGUCGACUGGAGGAUUUCCCCCCCUUCCCCAAGGCUCAUGUCUUUGGCCGAUUUGAGCCUGAGGUGAUUGAGGAGCGGCGGAAAGCGGCUGAGGUCAUGCUACGCUUCACUGUGGACAUCCCAGCCUUGAAUAACAGCCCUCAGCUGAAGGAGUUCUUUCGGAGUGGGGAGGGGAGGAGACCUCUGGAGACCCGCGACCUGCCCUCUCUGCCUCCCCCUCUGAUCCCAGUGCCGCCAUCCUCGGAAGGAGUGGAGCCAGCGGAGGAUGCUCUGGGAUCUGUGGAUGAGCAGCUGCUCCUGGACUCCAAACAGGGAGGCCUGGAUUUGGAGCAGCAGAACCCUGGUGUUGCUCCGGAGGCAGCGAGCGAGGAGUGUGGUGCCCUGCAGCCCCGAACGGAGGAGGAAGGGAGGCCCUCCUCACCCGAGAAGUGUGACGAUGAGGCCUUGGAUGCUCUCUUUGCUUUUGGCGGCGAUGAAGAGGAGGAAGGCGAGAAGGGUCUGGGGUCGCCCUCCCGCGGCCCCUUGUCGCUCCAGGAGUUAGCCCUGUUUGAUCCCUUCUCAAAGGAAGACCCCGGUGCAGCCAGCCUCUCCCACGAGGAAGAGCUGGCUGCUCUCGCUGCCUCGGGACAUGGACCAGCGCUUUCUGCCCCCAGCGCAGGAGCGGGCCAGGGGGCCCAGGAAGGAGCUGCUGCGUCGGACCCAGGCAGUUACCUGCCGUUGGCCACAGAGCGCAUCAGGCAGGCCUUGGAGAGUGAAGCUGCCAAGGACUACAAGGAGGCUUUCUGUGGCUACCGCAGCGGCGUUGACCUCUUGCUGCAGGGACUGCAAGGGGACCCUGACACAGCCCGCAGGGAGGCUGUGAAGAAGAAGACAGCAGAGUACCUCCAGAGGGCCGAGGAAAUCUUCCAGCUGCACCUGAAGCAUCUACAGCUGUGAGUGGGGCUUCCAAACCCCCCACUCCACCCGCAGUGGCCGUGCGUCAGCUUGGGAGCAGAAUGGCCGUUUGCUUCCACAGCCCCACUCUGGCAUAAGCUGCCCGGAACAGAUCCAGCCCCUUGACUUCACCCGAACCCUGCCUCACUUUUGUUGGGAACUCAGGCCGCACUGUAAAAACAAUACAUGUUUGUAAAUCUCCUUUC